AUGACUGCAGGACAUUUUUCAAUUUUUGCAGCGGAAGCAAAUGCUACCACAACGACAAGCAAUUAUUCGUUGUGGAAAGUGUUAACGCUAAGUGGCGAAGAUAUCUCGUCAUUCUGGGAAAUGUUUCUUGGAAUUACGUUAUGGAUGGUCAUUUCAUAUGCAUUUGUUUACAUUAUUGUUGCAUUAAUUUCAAUGAUUAUGCUACGAAAUCAUCCAUGGAUGUUUAUUUAUGCAGCUUCUAUAUUUGGUAUGGCAAUAUUAGGCCCUGCAACUGUUGGUGCGCUAACAAGUGCUUCAAUAGCGCUUAUGUUUACGUCAGCUGAUAAAGCAAUUAGUUGUUGGCAUUGCAUGGUGCUUGGUUCAGCACAAACACUUGCUGUUGUGAUUAUUAGCUUUUCAAGGAUAUUAGCUACUUUAUAG